AUGCUUCUGGCUGUGGUCCUAACCUCUACUCUGCUCUCCCUCUGCUCCACAGAGGCCCAAAGAUGCUCUUCCUCGAUAGCAAUCUUCAAUGUUGAUUUCCUGAUCGAAAAGCUGCAGAAAGAUCCGUCCUCCACCUGCAGCUGCAGCGCCAACGUGACCAGUUGUUUGUGUCUGCCCAUCCCUCCUGACAACUGUCCAACACCCUGUCUCCGGGAGGGGCUGUCCCAGCUGAUCAACGUCACCCAGAAAACAGAUAGAAAACAGAUUUUCUAUCGAGUGAGAAAGGUAGUUGAAGUUCUAAAGUACAACAAGUGUCCGUCAUUUUCCUGUGAACAGCCGUGCAACCAAACCAUGGCUGGUAACACCAUGACAUUUCUGAGGACACUCCGGGGAACCUUCCAGAAAGCCACGGGAGCCAUAGGAGGCCAAAUGUGA